ACACUUGUUGUAUAAAAUACAGAGAAAGAGAGACAGGUGUUAGGGCAAAAGUUGGGAGAAGUGGUGGUGGGUCUUGUUUCUGACAAAUAGUCCCCAUUUCCCGCCUUUGCUCUUGUUUGAAUAUCUCUCCUCCUUCAUCUUCUUCCACUAAUAAUAAGUCGUAGUAAGAGAGAGAGAGAGAGAGAGAAAGUUAAAUAUUCAUCAGAGAUAAGAAAGAGAGAGAGAGUGUGUGUGUUUUGUGUGUUGUGUGAGUGGAUGUGAUUUUGUUUUUGUUUGUGUGUUGGAAAAUGGAUACGCCUCAGAAGAGUAUCGCCCAGAUCGGAACUCCAAUUUCCAAAUCCAGAUUUGAGGAUUCACCAGUGUUCAACUACAUUAACAGUUUGUCUCCAAUAAGACCAGUCAAAUCCAUUCAAAACCCUCACCAGUUUAGCUCUUUGAAUUUCACUUCCCCUCCUCCUGUUUUCACCUCACCACACCUUACUUCUUCUCACAAAGAGUCCAGGUUCUUCAAGACUCACAACUCUUCUUCUUCUCACCCUACCAAUCCCGUUGAAUUCCGAGAAGACGAGUCUGCUUCUAAUGAAUCAGUGUCAGCAGAAGAUACAAAAGAUGUCAACGUUGAUGAUGCUUCCAAGCCAGAGGAAGCUUCAGUUGAAAUGGUGCUGCCACAAACGAAUCCUAGUAGUCCAGUUGCUUCUAUGAUCAAAUACUUGUAUUGAUACAUGAGAUGAAUGAUUUACAGAGUAUAUAUAGUCUAGACACUAGGGUUUCACUUAUAGAUAAUUACAAGUUGGUCCUUCAUAUAUACACUUCCUUAUACACCC